AUGGCUAUGGCAGUCUGUCCAGUGUGUAAAGUUGAUAGUGUGAAGAAACGAUUAACGUGGCGUGGUUUGCUACACGGUAUGCUGUGUUUUCCGUGUGGUAUCUACUGCUGCAUGAAGAGUCGUGUAUGGUUCUGUCCACUGUGUACCAACGAGGUUAACUAUUCUAAUGGAAGAGAACCAUCCUUUGGUCGAGAUUAUCGCUGCUACCGCUCAUUUAAGAAAGUACGCCAAACUAAUAUUAGAGAUGACCAUGAGCAAAGUACUCCGGCAAGUCGAACUACUGUGAGUUGCGGGAGGACAAUUUCUGGCGGCAGCGAAUCUAUCAAUUCUACAACACUGAUAUUAAAGCAUUAA